UUUGAAGUAAAAUAACUCCACGUCCGGUUGUCCACUAUAGUUGAGUGAUGUCAACGUUACGUUUGUAGGGUCAGAGGAACGCCUUUUGCAGCCAGCAAAUGGAAUUAUUUAAGAAACACGGGGAAAUUUUAGGAAGAAGAGCAGAGCUGCUGAAACAGAUGGAGAAUCGCAGAGAGCAGCUGAAGAUCCUGAAAAAGCAGUGGGUGAAGGAGUCUGAGGCCGCUCACCACAGGAAUACUGCAUUGCUGCAGGAGUUACAGAAGAUAGAGGAUCAUCUCAGAGGAAGGGGACAUCUGCCACACCCAAAUGUUCUGGCUCUGGAGGAGAUGGGGCAAGGAGCUCAGAAAUCCAGAGAGAACUUGGAGUAGAGUCACCGCGCAAAAGGCAUCAGCUGAGGUGUUUUGGGCAUCUGAUCAGGAUGCCUCCUGGGUGCCUUCCUUGGGAGGUUUUCCAGGCACUCCAACUAGUAGGAGACCCCAGAGCAGACCCAGAACAUGCUGGAGAGAUUAUAUUGUAAUUCUUACCUGUUUUGGGAAGGCCUCAUGAUCCCCCAUGAGGAGCUGGAAAAGAUAACGGGCAGAAAAUGGAAAAUGUUUUAUUUUUUAAAGACACUUGGGGUUUUUUUGUUUUUGUUUUUUUUUAACCAAUAAAUGGGACAAUAUUAGUGUUUGAUUUUGCUGUGGUGUCAAAUAGCACACCCAAAACUAGUUACAGAUGUUGUUAUAGCAUCCAUUACUGUCUCCCAAUCCAAAAUGGCUUCCACAGCCAGAAUCAUCAAUCUCAUGACAUGAUGAAUAUGACUGCAUAUCUAAUGUUUUUAGGCCAUUUUUACACUACAGGCCAUGACAGCCAAGUUUGAAUUCCUAUUACGUCUGAUGUUUUUGGACACCUGUUUAAAUGUACAUUUUUUAAAAAUGACCCAAUUUCUAUUUCCCCCUGAAAACAAGGUCUCCUGAUCACAAGGAUGUGAAAAUUGAUUAAUCUCUACAAUUUAAUUGAGAUUACAUUAGAUCAGAAGGCUUCUCCAUCCACAUGCAAGUAAAUGUGCAUGAGUGUAAUUUGGAGAAGUUUGUGUGUCUUUUGUACUUGUACAAAUCUUGAGUAUAAUGUUAAUAUGUUCAGUUCAGUUCCAGUGUUUUGUUUCAUACCCUUUCAAAUCUUGUGUCCUCAGCUCAGUUCAGUCCUUAUUGUACUGCAUGGGAAAUUUGGCUUGCAGCAUGGCAAAAACAAGGACAUCAAAACAGACAAGUGUUAUAGGUAAAAAUAAAAUGAAAAACAGGUAAAGCCAAUACAUAAGAACAAGUUAAAAAAGAAAAUAAGACAGUAAGAUAGUGACUGUGUUGCUGGUAACUAUGAAAGGGACAGAUUAUUUGCUGGAGUACAAAUUAAGUGAUUUUAUAGCACAUGCUCUAUGGUUAGCUAUAAAGGCCUUCUCUGUAAAUCUGCAAAGCAUUUUACGUGUUUUCAUAGCCAAUGAAUUCCCUCACCCAUCUUUGGGGUUGUUCAAUAUGCAAAUAGGGUCCUGGGAUAGUCCUAAGACUGCUAUAUUAAUGAGUUUUAUACAGUAUUUUUUCUAUUUAAAAAAAACAAACAUUACAUAAAUGAUUUUAGCUAUAAGUUAUUUCUCAAAAAAAUAAACAUUUUUAAAAAUGAAUUAAUAAAAUUAAAAACAGCAAAACCUGGUGAGGUCAGGUCUGGAUCACCCUCCUCCUCCACCUAAGAAAGAAGGAGGUUCCUCCACAGCUCCCACCCUCAAGCUACAGACCAGACAGACGGAGGGGUGGACAGACGGAUGUAUGGAGGUCAGAGAGUGGAGUCUGACGACAGAUCAGCGAUGAGAUCUCCCUCCCUGCUCAAUUCCCAGCAGCCCACCACUUCCCCUCCCAGCCACAAAGCACCUUCUCCUGGCCCGUUGUGCCCUUGACAUGCCAAGGCAGGCGGGCAGGCACAUCCCAGGGACAAGCUGCUCGCCGCUGUCUUUAAGACAUUCUGAUGAGGUUUUGGUUGUGAAAGGCUUGGGGUUGACUUUCUAAAAGAAUCUCAAUGAGGUGCAAGUGAAUGCUGUGGCUGUUCCAUUUUAAUCUGUGUGUUGGGCAGCUUCUUGAGUGGCUCAUUUCCAUGCAUCACACCCUGAAUUCCUGAGUGCCCAGCCUGACACACUCAGGGCUUUCUGGUUAUAUUUUUAAGAUAAAUCAAGUCUUAUGACAGGAUUUACUUCAAUAAGUAUAAUGUCAAACUUGCUGUUUACAAUAAAUGUAACAUGCUUGUGUUUUUAAGAAGAACAUGUCAGCAUUUCUGAAUUCCAUUGUUGCCCGCUCCAUCCUCCAUCCUUUCAUUUAAAGUAGGAAUAGAGCCAAAGAGUGAAGAGAAGCCACUGCUCAUUAACCCCUCAGCACUUUACAAUGAAUCCUGGAGGCUCAAUGUGCCAAAUGGUCAGUUUUUUCCAAAUGCAGAGGGGGGGCUAUCAUACUCAAAGACAUAAAAUACAUAACUAUUAUUGUUUUGAAUUGGUAUUUUAAAAGAUCCAAAUGUUAACCCAUUGAAGUUUGCUUAUUUUAUUUAGAUUUUAUGCAGCUGUAAGUGCACAGACAUAAAAUGCCCCUCUGCCCCUCUUUGUAGCCUUCUUUAACGGACUGAUGUUUGUGUGCCAAUUCCAAAUUCAAAAGCUAGAUGGACGGGUUUUUUUUCUUUUCUUUAGGCCUAUCGCUUUUUUGCGUGUUGGCGUUUGAUUUCAUUUGAUUGAUGUUCAUUUUCUAAUAAAGU